CAAAGCUAAUUUACCUACUUCUGAAGCUCGGCAGAUAAGAUAAGCAGAAGGUAGUAGAACGCAUUCCACUCUUUCGCAGAUGGAGCUGCUCCAAAGACACAUCCCCAUUAUCCGAUGGCUGAGGAACUACACGAAGGAGGAUGCGAUAUGCGACCUGAUCGCGGGAAUUUCCAUAGGCCUCACCAUGAUCCCGCAGAGCAUCGCCUAUGCUUCCCUAGCAGGUCUUUCACCUCAGACUGGCUUGAAUUCAGCAUUCAUGGGCUGUAUGAUAUACGCCUUCCUGGGAACCAUCAAAGAAGUUGUUAUAGGACCAUCAAGUCUAAUGGCCCUCCUCACUUACGAGUAUACGCGUUCACUCAACAUGGACUUCGUAGUGCUCCUCUGCUUUCUCUGCGGCAUAGUUGAGUUCAUCAUGGGUAUUUUAAGACUAGGUUUUCUGGUCGAGUUCAUCUCUUCUCCAGUCGUCUCCGGCUUCACAACGGCCACAUCUGUCAUCAUCGUGGGGUCACAGUUGAAAGGGUUGAUGGGGAUAAGAUUCAAGUCCAAUGGCUUCCUGGACAACAUAUAUCAACUAUUUGCCAAUGCGCAUAAACUUCGCUGGGGUGAUACUAUCCUUGGAGUAGCCUGCAUCAUUAUUCUUCUUAUAUUAAGGAAAGCACAAGAAUUAAAAGUUCCUGAGACUUGGAAAUACCGCAAUUAUGUGAAGAAAGGACUUUGGUUGGUGAGCCUGGGAAGAAAUUUCCUGAUCGUAGCCGCAGCUUCCUUCGUAGCCUACCUUUAUAAGAACAACGGCUACCAGACGCCUUUUGUAACCACAAAAGCAGUAGAGGGCGGUAUACCCAGCCUGACCCUGCCACCAUUCAGCACCCAGAUCGGCAACAAGACUUAUGAUUUGGGGGAAAUGGUCACAGAGUUGGGUACAGGCUACAUUGUCAUCCCCAUCAUAGCAGUUCUGGCAAAUGUAGCUAUUGCAAAAGCUUUUGUUAACGGACCUGUGGAGGCCACACAUGAAAUGCUGACCCUUUCAAUAUGCAAUAUUAUUGGCUCCUGCGUCCAGUCUAUGCCAACUACCGGUGCCUUCACAAGAUCUGCAGUUGUCAGUGCUAGUGGUGUUCGUACACCAAUAGCAAGCAUUUACGCAGCCGGGCUUGCUCUGAUGGCUCUAGGAUUUCUUGGACCAUAUUUUCACUAUAUUCCAAGAGCAACAUUGUCUGCUGUACUUAUAGCUGCUGUACUGUUUCUCAUUGAUUGGAAAAUCUUUUGUGAUUUAUGGAAGAAGAGCUGGUUGGACUUCUUCUGUGUAACAUUUACCCUGGUCAGUUGCCUUGCACUGGGAAUAGAAGUAGGACUUUUGAUUGGGGUGAUGAUGGGCAUAACUCACCUGGUCUACAAGACAUCCAGACCUCCUCUCAAUAUAGAACCGGGCAAGGAGGUGACAACAGUAAGUGGGAGGAACGGGCUCUACUUUUCAGCGACAGAUUAUUUUAAUGGCAAGCUUCAAAAGUACGCUUCUGGGUCUGAUACAGUUAUUAUCGACUGCUCUACCUUCUCAGGGAUAGACUUCACAGCAGCCAAGGGCUUAGCAUCCUUGAUAAACUCAUUUCAAAAAAGAGGACAGAAACUGAUGCUGGUUAAUGUACCAAGAAAGUGGAAAAAACUCCUUCUCAGUGCCGGAGUCAAGGAGGGCUAUAUCCGAUGCGAAUCAAUGGAUGAAUUUAAUUGUGAAAAUAUGCAACUAUUACUGCAAAUUGAAGAACCCACAAAGACUGAAACAAGCCAGCAUACUGAAAAAGAUGGAAAUCAUUCGGCAUAGUCUCAACA